AUGACUACGCUUGAAAAGAUUGGAAUCCAAGGUAUUCGAAGUUAUAAUGAUGAAGAUGUGGAGAUUCUCGAGUUUGCAACUCCCAUUACGAUAAUAUAUGGAAAUAAUGGUAGUGGUAAAUCCACAAUAAUUGAAUGUCUUAAGGUGAGUUGUACAGGUGACUUUCCCCCGAACGCCGAGAAAGGGAAAUCUUUUUUACAUGACCCUUUAAUAUCUAAUAAGAUGAAUAUAAGAGGGAAGAUCGAUGUACUUUUAAAUAAUUAUAAUAAUAAGCGUAUUGGUAUAUCUCGUUCAUAUAAUUUAUUUUAUUCAAAAGAUAAAAAUAAGAAAGUGAAACAUACGUUUAGAGCUUUAGAUAAUAAUAUAAUUAUUAAAAAAGAGAAAGGUGAUGAUUUAAUUAUUACAAAUAAAUGUGUUGAUAUUAAUAAUCAUAUUCCUAAAUUAAUGGGAGUAUCUAAAGCUUUAUUAGAAAAUGUAAUUUUUUGUCAUCAUGAUGAGAAUCUGUGGCCUUUUAGUGAAUCCAUAAAAAUAAAAAAGAAAUUCGAUGAAUUAUUUGGAGAUGAUCAUUUUUCCAAAAUAUUAGAAGAAUUAUUAAAAUGUAAGAAAUAUUUGAAUGAUUUAUUAAAAAGAAAGGAAUUUGAUUUAAUACAUAUAAAAGAAAACUUUGAGAAAAAAAAAAAUAUAUAUAUCGAAAUAGAAAAAAAUGAAAAGGAAAUACAAAGUGCUCAAAUAUGUAUACAAUUAGAUGUGGAAGAGAUAGAAGAAAAUACAAUUAUUUUAAAUAAUUUAAUAAAAAAAAAAAAUCUUUUAUAUAAAUUAAUAGGAAAUAUAGAUUCUUAUUUUUUAUUAUAUACCAAAUUUAAAGUAGAUGCAGAAGCAUAUAAAGACCUGAAAGAAGUAUAUGAAGAAAACUAUACAGAAUUAUUAUAUUUCCAAGAGGUUUUUAAUAAUGAUAUUAAUAAAUGUGAAAUAUGUAUACAGAAGGUAAAACAAGAUAUACAGAAUUUACAGCAUGAAAAAGAUACAUGUAUGUUUAAUUAUAAUGAAUCCAACAAAUAUGAUGAUAAUUAUGAGCUUUCCAAAAAACAGCUCAAUGAAUAUAUAAUCAAAAGAGAUGAUAUAAGAAAUAAGUUAAAGGAUAUUUUUUUUUAUAAUGAUCAAAUUUUUUUUUCUAAUUAUAAGGGUAACUCAUCAUCCGAUAUGAUAAAACAUAGUUCGAUAAAUGAAGGACACCAAAAGGAAAAGUUAAAAAAGAAAUUUAAAAAACAUGACAGCGUAUAUAUUAAAGACCAUUUAUUAAAAGAAUAUGAGAACUUAUUACAUAUGUAUGAUAUACAUAAGGAAGACAUAGCAUUGUAUAAUCAUGAUGUUAUGUUAUCUUAUAAGAAUGAGGAGCACAUUCCUUCAAAUGCAAGGUUAAUGGAAGAAUUAUUUUUAAUAUGCCAAAAUAAGGUUCAAUAUAAAACCUCUAAUAAAAGUGAUGAUAAUAAAAGGAAUAACAACAACAACCAUUUUGAUGACGAUAAUAAAAGGAAUAACAACAACAACCAUUUUGAUGAUGAUAAUAAAAGGAAUAACAACAACAACCAUUUUGAUGACGAUAAUAAAAGGAAUAACAACAACAACCAUUUUGAUGAUGAUAAUAAAAGGAAUAACAACAACAACCAUUUUGAUGACGAUAAUAAAAGGAAUAACAACAACAACCAUUUUGAUGACGAUAAUAAAAACAAAUGUGAUGAUAAAAAAUUUAUUGAAAUUCCUAAUGUAUCAAAUAUAUUAUCGAAUGUUCCAUAUUUAAAAAAGAAACAUGAGAAAAAAAUAAAUUCCAUAAGAUAUAUUUUAAAAAGACAUAUAUCACACAUAAAAAGAAAUAAAUAUAAAAAAAGAAAUGUAAUAUAUAAAAUAAAAAAUUAUAAAAAAAGAUUGUUGAAGAUAGAAAAGAAUAUAACAUUAUUAGAUAUAUAUAAAAAUAAAUUAAAUAAAUUAAAGUCUAAUGAAAUUAUAUAUGAACAAAAUUUAAAAAAGAUAGAAAAAUUAAACCAACUAAAAUGUUUAUAUGAUAAUCUAACCACUCUUGAUAAUGAAAUGGAUACAUAUAAUAUUCAAAAAGAAAAUAAUUAUUAUGAAGAACAAAUAGAAAAAAAUAUGAAACAAAUUAAUGAUAUACAGAAAUUAAAAAUAUGGAUACAUACCUUUUGUAAUAUCAUAAGGAAUUAUAAUAUUUUCUAUGAAUUUAUACAGAGGUGUAAAAAAAUACACGAACAUUGUGUAAUCUUUUUUGAUAUCCUCUUUUCUUUGUUGGACGUUAUAAAAACAGAUUUUUACAAAAUUGUAGAUAUGUUGAAGGAAAGGGAUAUGGAUUUGUAUUAUUACAUUGAGAGGGGCAUGCAAAAAAAAAUAAAUGUAGAAAGAAAUGUAUGUGUAGAAAGAAAUGUAUGUGUAGAAAGAAAUGUAUGUGUGGAAAAUAAUAUAUGUGUUGAAAAAAAUAUAUGUGUUGAAAAAAAUAUAUGUGGUGAAAAAAAUAUAUGUGGUGAAAAAAAAAAAAUAACCAAAUUGAAGAGUAACAUAGAAAUAGAAGAAAGUGUAGAGAAGAUAAAGGAUAAUAAAAUUAACGAAUGUGACGUAAAUGUAGAUACAUUAAACAAAACAAAUAGUAUCCAUCAUGUGAAUAAUAUAAAAAUUAAUAGUAAAUCUUUAGUUUGUAUGAAUGAACAUUUGCAAAGGAAAAGAGAAAAUGAAAAACUAAAUGAUUAUACAUGUAAAUUGAAAAAACAAAAAACACAUUUAGAUAUAUCCAUUUUAAAAAAUAGAAAGUACUUAGAUAUAUUGCUAAAUAUUAUAAAUAUAUUUAUAGAUAAAUAUGAAAAUAAGAUAAAUAAUAUAAAAACUCUUAUUAUUCCAUUAAAUCAAAAGGUUUUAGAAAUAUCUAAAAAAUUAAAUAAUAUGAAUAAUAAUAUAAAUGAAUAUAAAAAUUACUUAUCAAAUUUUAUACAUAUGCUUAAGGAAAAAAAAUAUAAAGAUGUUAAAGAUUUUGUUAAUUAUGUAGAAGCUAUUGAUAAUCAAAUAAAAAUAAAAAAAAAAAAUUUAUGGAUGUUAAAUGGUAAAGAAGAUCUCAUGAAUGAAUUUAAGAACCAUCUAAAAUCAGAUGAACAAAAUAAUAGUGAUAAUAAUAAAAAAGUGGGUGUAGAGAAAAAAAAAAAAAAAAAUUGUUUAUUUUGUAAAAAUACCAUAUCUCAAAAUAAUAAAGAUAUAGUACAAAUCGAAAUGUAUAUAGAAGAACAAAAAAGAGACAUGUUAAAAAAAAUUGAAGAAUCUGAAAAAGAUAUUAAUAUAUUAAAAAAUAAAAAAGAAGAGAAUAUUAUUUUAUUAAAUUAUUAUUAUUAUCAUAUAAAACAUAUACAUACAUAUACGAAUGAUUCAAAUGAAAUGAUAGUAAAAUUAAAAGAAGAACUCUUAUCUGCUCAAGACAGUAUUGAAAAAUAUAAUAUAAAAAUAAAAAAUAUUCAUAGAAAAUUUCAACUGGUACAGAAAUUUAAAGAAACGUGUGUGUAUCUAAUUAAUAUUCAAAAGGAUAUAUUAGAUGUGGAAAAAUAUAUAAAAGAUGAAUCGAUAAAAAUAAAAGGAAAUUUUCAAGAAAUGAAAAAUAAAAUAAAGGAUAACGUGGAGAAUAAUAAAAUGAGCAAUAAUACGAACAAAUGUAAUGAUACUAAAACGUGUAAUAACACUAAAACGUGUAAUAAUACCUACACCUGUGAUCAUUUAUUUAUAGAAAAGUUAUAUCACAUGAUAGAAAAUUUAGAUAUUUCCAUAGAAGUAAAGGAAUCUAAUUUAUUAAAAAAUAUUAAAGAAUUUGUUAAAAAAUUUGCAAAAUAUAAUAACAAAGAUAUCAUAAAUAUUUUUUAUAAUAAAAUUUGUACAUCAAAUGUAAAUGAUUCUUAUUCAUAUAUUCCUUAUAAUGAUAUAAUUAAUGUAGAUUUAUAUCAACAAUAUAAUUACCAAAAUAAUUAUAAAAAUCGUUUUAAAUAUAAUUUAUAUAAAAUUAAUAAUGCUAAUUAUAUCUGUAAAUUGCUUUCACCACAUCAAAAGGUUAGCCUAAAAGAUUGUUAUUCAAGCGAUCAAACACCACAAAAAAUAUAUGUAGAUGAAGAAAAAGAAAAAGAAAAAGAAAAAAAAAAAAAAAAAAAAAAAAAAACAGAUAAUGAUGGAUAUUAUGAUGAAAUAUUUCAUUGUGAUAAUAUGGAAUAUGACGAACAAUUUUAUGAAGAUGAUGAUCAUCAUUCUUAUAAUAAAAGUAAAAGUUUAAUUGAAAAUUAUAUAACUCCUUGUAAAAAUAAAGAAGAAAGUGUAAAAGAACCUAAUAUGUGUAGUAUAAAACAUAUAUAUGAUAAUGGAUCCAGCAAUGAUGAUAUAUUAAAUAACGACAAAACGGUUCUUCUUAAUAAAAUUAAUAGUUCUUAUCUUUCAUUCGUAUUAAAUAUUGGAACGUCCUAUUAUAGCAAUGAAGAAAUAAAAGAAAAUAAUAAAAAUGAUACAAACAAGAUGUGUGAUGAUACAAACAAGAUGUGUGAUGAUACAAACAAAAUGUAUGAUGAUACAAACAAAAUGUAUGAUGAUACAAACAAAAUGUAUGAUGAUACAAACAAAAUGUAUGAUGAUACAAACAAGAUGUGUGAUGAUACAAACAAAAGGUAUGAUGAUACAAACAAAAUGUGCCAUGAUACAAACAAAAUGUGUGAUGAUACAAACCAAAUGUAUGAUGAUACAAACAAAAGGUAUGAUGAUACAAACAAAAGGUAUGAUGAUACAAACAAAAUGUGUGAUGAUACAAACCAAAUGUAUGAUGAUACAAACAAAAGGUACGAUAAUAUAAAUCAAAAUACUUAUGGAACAUUUUUAAAGUGUUCUGACUUUUUACAUAAUUUACCUUCAAUCAUACUAAAUAAUAAACACUUUGAAAAAAUGUAUAGAAACUUUUUAUCAUAUCUAAAUGUAGAGGAAUAUACAAGAAAAGAACAGAACAAAAUGAUUGAAAAAAUGAAAGUUGUCAUAAAGGAUAGGAGAGCUUAUGUAAUAAAAAAAAGCAAAGUAUUAGAAAAGACUAUAAACAUAGAUAAAAGAAUUAGAGACCUAAUAAAAAAAAUGGAUAUUUACAUUUUAUAUUAUAAAGAAAAAAAAAAGAAAAUUAUAGACGAGAAAAUAAAUGUAAAAAAUUUAUUAAUUGAACAACGGGAUACUCAAUUAAAAUAUAUAAAAAGAUGUAUUAGAAAUAAUAAAAAAAGUAUAUUUUUAGAAAAGAGAAAUUAUUAUUUAAAAAUGAAUAUGAUAUAUAUUUUGAUAAAAAAAUUAAAACAUACAGAAGAAGAAAUAGUCAACAAAGAAAAAUAUUUAAAAGAUGUAAAAGAGAAAUUAAAUAAUAAUGAAAUAAUUAAAAAUCAAGUAAUUUGUAUUGAUAAAAAAAUUAAUGAAAAAAAAGAACAUAUUUUAUGUUUAGAAAAAGAAAAAAUCAAUAUAGAAAAAAUGUUACAUAAUAUUAUUAUGAAUACAAAUAUGAAGAAAAUGUAUGAACAAUUCUUGGAACAUCAUCAGACGUUUAUAUUAUCUUUGAAUCAAUUGAAGGCAUCUUUUUUUUUAUACGAAAGGAAAAAUAUAAAAAAUAGUAAUAUGUGUAAAUUGGAAUAUAAGGAUGAAAUAAAUGGAGAUAAAAAAAAAGAAAAUGAUAAUACUGUAUCUUCAAAUAAUGACUCUAUAAUAAAUAAUGAUAAUAGGAAUAAGAAGAAUAGGUACAAUGAUGAAGAGAAUGGAAUAAAUUAUAUUAAUGAUAUUGUAAAAAAGCUUGAAGAGAAUUAUAACAAUAAUACUAACAUAUAUAAUUUUAUUAAUAAAACAUUUGAUAUAACAGAUUGUCUAAAAAAUAGAUUAAAGGAUAUUAUAAAAAUAGAAGAAGAUGAUUUAAAUGAACAAAUCGAAAAGUAUACUAAAUCAAUAACAGCCUUAAAAAUUAAAGAAGCUGAAAUGAAUGGAAAAAUAUGUUUAAGAAAAGAAUAUUUAGAAAAAUUAAAAGAAGAUAUAAAAUCUGAAACAUUAAUUAAUAUAGAUAAAGAAUAUAAGAAAAAAAUCAUUGAAAUUUUUGUAUACAAAAAUUUAAUCAAAGAUUUACAAAAUUUUCAUUUCUCAUUUGAUCAAGCUAUUAUUAAAUUCCAUUCAUUAAAAAUGCAAGAAAUUAAUUUAUCUAUUAAAAAUCUAUGGAGAAGAGUAUAUAAUAGUGCGGAUAUAGAUUAUAUAUAUAUUAAAUCGGAUAUACAAACUGAACCAACAGAUAAAUCUAGUCAAAGAAGAUCUUAUAAUUAUCGAGUUGUUAUGGUUAAAGAUAAUUGUGAACUUGAUAUGAAAGGUAGAUGUUCAUCUGGUCAAAAAGUUCUAUCAUCUAUUAUUAUAAGAUUAGCUCUAGCUGAAUCAUUUUCUAUUAAAUGUGGUAUCUUAGCAUUAGAUGAACCUACUACAAAUCUAGAUAAAGCUAAUUCAAGAAAUUUAGCUAGCCUACUUGCAAAUAUUGUAGAACUAAGAAAAAGCAGCUCAUCAUUUCAACUUAUACUUAUAACACAUGAUAAUUAUUUUGUUGACAUCCUAUCACAAUAUGGGCUAACCAACUGUUUCUAUAAAAUUAAAAAGAACAACCUAGGGUACUCAAAAAUUGAAAGAGUUAAUACUUGA